UAUGCCACCCCACAAACGAUAUCUUGAGCCGUGCGACGACGUCGAGAAAUCCAGCGCCGUCGAACCGGAUCAAGCCGUGACAGACUUCUUGCGGAGUCAUUCCACGCUCGAUCAGCGCAUCGCCCUCGCACGUCGCUUCAUCAGCAUCUUUUGCGGCCCCGAAGACGUCUCCAUUGACGGAUCUAUACCCUCAAUCCCGCACAGUGAACUCUCCAAGCAAUGUGUCGCCAUCCACCACAAAACCAAGCGCCCAUGGCUCACCGCGCUGGUCCCACUUCUCGACUCUGCCUCGGACGAGGCGCGCAUUUGGUGUGUUGUCGAAAUCGACAUCGGAGAAUUGAAGCCC